AUGAAAGCGCAUGGCGGUGCUGAUGAAACACUCAAUCUCGCCAUAGCUGUCUUUCAAUCAGUUUUACCACAUGAAGGAGGUGCACUUGCACUAACUAUUCUACUUAUUAUUAAUCUUCAUUUUGCUGGUACGCCAUCCAUGACAGUUACAAGUCGAAUUGGCUUUGCAAUGGCUCGUGAUGGCAUAUUUCCAUUUUCAAAGCAGCUUCGUUGGGUAUGGAAACGGAAACAAAUACCUCUAGCCAAUAUCAUCUUUGUAUUUACCAUUGAUUCUCUCUUUCAACUACUUCAAUUUGCAUCGGGAACAGCAUUUAGCUCUAUGGUUGCCGUUACUACACUGGGCUAUCAAAUAUCAUAUUUAAUGCCUAUUCUUUUACGUUGCACAACUGCUCGACAUACAUUUCAUUUGGGUGAAUUUAAUUUAGGAAGAUUUAGUAUCCCAAUUGCAAUCAUCUCAUGUAUAUGGCUUUUUAUUACAUCAAUUCUUAUGUUUUUUCCAUUUCAAUAUCCAGUAACAAAAGAUAAUAUGAACUAUGCCAUAGUAAUUAUUGGUGGUAUUGCAUUGAUUGCAUCAAUCUAUUGGAUAUUUUGGGCUAGACACGCGUUUGUUGGCCCAAAACCGUCUUAUAUCAUCGAUUCAAUGCCAUUACCACCUGGACAUGUUACAGCUGAAGAUGUAUCGACGAGAUCGGCACCCGAUUCACCUGAUACUAUGGACUCUCGAGUGUGA